AUGGAAAAAGACGAAAUCGAAUUAAGCGUCGUGAAACAGCCGACGCCGCAUCUGCAGGAUGCAGGAGAUGCAGCCAACGACCUCUCCUUCCGCGCCGUCAACUCGACAGACAUAACGGUGACCAACCUCUCCCUCAAAGUCAACACCACACCACCAACAUGGGCACCAAUAUGGAAAUUGAAACAACGGCUACACAGCCACAGCCAGCCAACAGAAAACACCAAAACAGUCUUAUCCAACGUCACCGCCUCAAUGCCAACAGGAACCCUAACCGCAAUAAUAGGAAGCAGCGGCUCAGGCAAAACAAGUCUGCUAAACCUAAUGGCCAACCGAAUGAACCUCUCACGCACCCAAGUCCAAGUCUCAGGCAGCACAGCCUUCAACAAAACCCAGGGCAUCAACCACAUCCGCAGCGCAUACGUCAUGCAAGAAGACGUCCUAAUCCCAACACUAACAGUCCGCGAAACACUGCGCUACUCCGCAGAUCUGCGCCUGCCCCCGCCAACAACAGCGGCUGAGCGCCAUCGUAUCGUUGAGCAAGUCAUCCUCGAGCUAGGGCUUAAGGAAUGCGCUGAUACCCGCAUCGGGACCGCAGCGCAUAAAGGCUGCAGCGGUGGCGAGAAGAGGCGCGUUAGUAUUGGCGUGCAGCUUCUUUCUAAUCCGUCUGUUUUGUUCUGUGACGAGCCUACCACUGGGUUGGAUGCUACGAGUGCGUUCCAGAUUGUGAGGACGUUGAAGAGGUUGGCGAGGGAUGGAAGGACGGUUGUUGUUUCGAUUCAUGCGCCUCGGUCGGAGAUUUGGGGACUUUUUGAUCGGGUCGUUUUGUUGGCGAGAGGGGAGGCGUUGUAUAGUGGGGAGGUCGACGGGGUUUUGGGGUACUUUGCCGAAUUGGGAUUUGCGAUUCCUGAGUUUGUGAAUCCGGCGGAGUUUUUGAUUGAUCUUGCUGCUGUUGAUCGGAGAAGUGAGGAGCUGGAGGGGGCUUCGGUUGCAAGGGUUGAAGGGUUGACAGAGGCGUGGAGGGUGAAACAGGCUGCCGAUGCUGUGGUGGAUGAGGGGGCGGGUGAAGAGAAGAUUGUGUCGACUUCUGUCGAUGCUGAGGCUGGGACGAUGAAGAGAGUUUCAUUUCGUCGGCAGUUUCGUGUUUUGACUUCUCGCACUUUCACAACUACUAUUCGUGACCCGAUGGGGGUUGCUGGUAGUCUGCUUGAAGCCAUUGGAAUGGCAGUUAUCAAUGGGUGGAUUUUCUUGCAGCUUGAUGAAAGCCUGGCGGGCAUUCGUUCUCGAGAAGGUAGUCUCUACACUGCCAGCAGCUUGAAUGGGUAUCUCAUUCUAUUGUAUGAGACGUACCGUCUGACCAUCGACAUACGACUCUUUGAUCGUGAACGCAAUGAAGGCGUGGUCAGCGUGCCGGCUUUCCUUCUCAGUCGGCGUGCAGCUCGACUACCGCUAGAGGAUCUCCCCGUGCCGUUGAUAUUCUCACUGAUCUUCUACUUUAUGGUAGGAUACCGACUCGACGCAGGUCAAUUCUUCAUCUUCUUCGUUCUGACAUUACUUACACACUACGUUGCCAUCACCUUUGCUGCAGUGGCUAUUGGCAUAGCGCGCAGUUUCCCUGGUGCCAGUCUGGUGGGUAAUCUUUGCUUUACACUACAAUCCUUUGCUUGUGGGUACUUUGUUCAGUCAAAUCAGAUCCCGGUCUAUGUGAGAUGGCUAAAGUGGUGUGCAUAUACCUUCUACAUCUUUGGUGCACUGUGUGCAAAUGAGUUCAUUGGACCCAAUGGCUCUGAACUAGGCCAGUUUUACGACUGCCCUUAUUCCAAUGAUCCUUCUGAUCCGGCUUGCAAAGAAUACACUGGCCGGUAUAUCAUGCAAAGUCUUGGAAUGCCCUCCAACUGGAUCUGGCGGCCAAUUGUUGUUCUGGUUGCAUUUGCCGUUAGUCAAUAUCUCGUCGCUGGUCUACUGCUGCAAUACAAUCGCUUUGCUAUCGACAUUGCCCAAGCACGGGCAGCCGAAGGGGAGUCUACCAGCAAAGCCAAAAUUGCAAUCCGCCCAACAGAAGAGACACGCAAGGUUGCCAUCUCGCUUGAUCAGUACGCAUUGGAGAUUCGGAAGAGACGAUUUCCCGGGCGAGCUGCGCAGAAACUUCAGAUCCUCAGGCCCAUCACCACAGAGUUCCAGCCAGGUCAAUUAAACGUGAUCAUGGGUCCGUCUGGAAGUGGAAAAACGUCACUCCUGAACUCGAUAGCGCGCAGGCUACACGGAUCUAUAGGAACCCGAUACUGUGUCCACGGAAACAUGCUCUAUAACGGCGCCGUCCCCUCAGAAAGCGUCAUCCGAUCCGUGACAUCCUUCGUCACGCAAGACGACGACGCUCUAAUGCCCUCUCUUACAGUCCGUGAGAGUCUCAAAUUCGCCGCUGGCCUCCGCCUCCCAACAUGGAUGACCCGAGAAGAAAAGAACCGGCGCGCCGAAGAAAUCCUGCACAAAAUGGGACUAAAAGAAUGCGCCGACAACCUCAUCGGCAGCGAUCUAAUCAAAGGCAUAAGCGGCGGCGAGAAACGCCGCGUCUCAAUUGCAAUCCAAAUACUCACAGACCCAAAAGUCCUCCUCCUCGACGAACCAACCUCCGGCCUAGACGCCUUCACAGCAAUGUCCAUUAUCGAACUGCUCCACAGCCUCGCCGCAGAAGGCCGCACACUCAUACUGACCCUUCACCAAUCCCGCUCAGACCUUUUCACUCACUUCUCACAAGUUCUCCUCCUAGCCAGAGGCGGAUAUCCAGUUUACGCAGGAAGCGGCGAAAACAUGCUGAUGCACUUCGCUGCACUAGGCCACGACUGUCCACGCACAACCAACCCGGCAGAUUUCGUCUUAGAUCUAAUCACAGUAGAUCUCCAACAGGCCGACCGCGAAGCCGUUACCAGGGAACGUGUCCAGCAUCUCAUUUCUAGCUGGAGCGAGACGACCGUCGAGCUUGUGCGCACUGCAUCGCAGAUCGCCACGCCAGCUGAGCUAGGUAGUCUCAAGCGCCAGAUGCUCUCGUUCCGCAUUACAUUCCCUUUGGUGCUUCAUCGCUCCUUUAUCAAUUUCUGGCGCCAACCGCCGCUGAUUAUGGCGCGACUGAUGCAGAUUCCUGGUAUUGCCAUUAUUAUGGCUUUGUUCUUUGCGCCGCUUAAGAAUAACUAUGAGGCUGUGCAGUCUCGUAUGGGAUUUAUUCAGGAAUUUGCAGCGUUGUAUUUUGUCGGCAUGCUCCAAAACAUAGCAAUCUACCCAAGCGAACGAGACGUCUUCUACCGCGAAGAAGCAGACAACUGCUACAGCGCCUCAACCUUCCUAUUAUCCUACACAACCAUCGAAAUCCCCUUCGAAAUCCUCUCCUCCCUAAUCUUCGGCGCACUAGCCGCCUACGCAGACAACCUCCACCGCAGCAUAACAAUGUUCCUAGUCAGCGCCUUCAACUGCUUUUGCAUAAUAAGCUGCGGCGAGUCCGUAGGGAUAAUGUUCUGCACUCUUUUUUCGCACGUCGGAUUCGCCGUCAACGUUACCUCGGUGCUACUUUCGAUAUCGACGAUCCUAGGUGGCGUCAUGAGCCUUAAUGUUAAUGAUGUCUUGCAGGGCAUUAAUCACUUGUCGCCUAUUAAGUAUGCGAUUGCGAAUCUGGCGCCUUAUUCGUUGGCUGGACAGGUCUUUUCUUGCGAUGAUUCGCAGAGGCUUGUUGGGGUCUCGGGAUGGCAUGAACUAGCGACUAAGCAUAACCCCAAGGCCCUGAACCUUAAUAAUCAGUUCGCCCCAGGCGUUCAGCGGUUCCAUGGUGAGGCAUUUGGGAGGCGUGGUUGA